AAUGGUAUGAUGGUUUGAGGGUGGCUUGGACAGCACCGCCGGUCCUGCUGCUGCACACACACACUCUACUUUCUCCACCAAUAUUUAUCAUGGAGUCUAAUGGAAAUGGACAAGCUGGAGGCAAGGACCUCAUCAGGAUCGGUUCCAGGGACAGUGAGUUGGCUUUGAAGCAGACACACAUGGUGAGAGAGGCCAUGCAGAGAGUACAUCCACAUCUUAAUUCAGAAAUAGUGUCUAUGAAGACUAAAGGUGAUAAGAUCCAGGAUGUGGCAUUGUCAAAGAUUGGCAGCAAGAGUCUCUUUACAAAGGAACUUGAGCUAGCUCUGGAAGCCCAGUCAGUGGAUGUGGUGGUGCACUCAUUAAAGGACCUUCCACAACUUUGACUGUUGUAGGUAAUUGGUGCAGUGCUGAAGCGUGAGGAUCCCCGAGAUGCUGUCAUCAUGCAUCCCAAGUAUGCAGAGUGUACUUUAGCAACACUUCCUAAAGACUCGGUCAUUGGUACCAGCUCUCUUCGACGCAGUGCUCAGUUGAAACGAAAGUAUCCGGACCUGUGUUUUAAGAGUGUGCGUGGAAAUUUGAACACACGUUUUCGUAAGCUAGAUGAUGCAGACGAUUAUGCAGCCCUUGUUCUUGCUGCAGCUGGAGUGAUCAGAAUGGGCUGGAAAAACAGAAUCUCUCAGUAUCUGUGUGAUGACCUUUGCAUGUAUGCAGUAGGUCAGGGAGCAUUGGCUGUUGAAUGUCGAGAGGGUGAUUCUGCCAUCUUGGAUAUACUGGCUAAGAUAGCUGACCCCGACACCACUGUGGAAGCUGUUGCAGAGAGAGCUUUCAUGCGCACACUAGAAGGAGGAUGUUCUGCUCCUGUAGCUGUACACACUAAGGUGAUGGAGGACAGUUUGACUCUCAAAGGUGGAGUGUGGAGCCUGGAUGGCUCUGAGGAACUUGUGCAUACCAUGACCAUCUUAACCCGGGAGCCUGACACUUCUUCUGACUCUCUCCGACCACCAAAAAAGAUAGCAAAGACUUGCAUCACCUUCUGUGGUAUAGUUCCUCUCCCUGAGCAAAAGGAUGUCAUGACUAGGGCUAACCAGCUGGGAAAAUCCUUAGCUCAGACAUUGUUAGAUAAAGGAGCAGAUCAAAUUCUGAAAGCUGCCAAAGCUCAAAAUACUGUUAAUUCUCCUCCAAGUGUAUCUUCUACAUCUAAUGGCAAUAUAGAAGACAAGAAAGCAUUGCCUGUUAAUACUUCAUAACAUAUAAUAAUUUAAUUUUUUUCCAGAUGUUGUUGAGCAGUGUAUAGUAUUUGCUGGUGAAGAAUGGUACCAUAAUUAUGCGAGAUACUAAACAAAAUUGCAUUAAUUUUUUAAAACUAUUAACCUGUGAAUCUGUGAUAAAUUUUUUUAAGUAAAUUAAUGGGGUUUGGAGGAUUCCCAGAUCCUCAUUCUAACAUUGCUCUAUGACAAAAGUAAACCAGAAUCCAAGAGCCAAUAAAUUUUAGCUGAGCUUUUCAGAGCAUCAUGACCCCAAUCCACAUUUUAUCUGGCACUUGAGCAUCUAUCUCUAGCAUGGUUUAACCUAGGGGUUCUCAAAUAUUUUAGGCCAUGUACACCCAAACUACGACUAAGUCUGCCCUCCUUUCCCCACCUUCCCAUCCUCACUUGUACCUUGGUGUUUAGGACCACAUGUAUUAUGACUAUUCCAUUAUCUUCUUUAUACAGACACAUGUUAAGAACUUUACUGAGAGAUACUAGAGAGUUUUUCAAAAAGCUGACAUGAUAUCUUGUGAAUAUGAAUGAUAAUGCAAAAUAAUAAGAACUAAGGCAAUUAAAAAUAUUUUUGGUAUAUUGCUGCUUACCUAUCAAUGCAACUGAGUGGUCUGCAUUUUGGCAAAAAGUUUGGCAAAGUUGGGAGCAAUUUUGAGUAGUUUAAUUCUUUGCUCUUUAUCUGCAUCCAUCCUCUGGUGAUGCUUUGUCUUUACUUCUGCGAGCACAGAAAAAACAACCUCACGUAAGUACUUUGUGGUGAAGGUAGUCAUUGUCCUCAAGGCUCGCUUGAAUAAGUCUGGAUACUCUUCCAUGACUUAUGCCCAGAAAUCCACAAAUAGUUUUUCAGUCCCUCAUCAGACGAUAACACCAUUAUCUGCUUCUGUUUGUGAAAUAACAGGCAUGGGAAAGGGAGAAACUUCAAGUGGAUUGUCGGUCCAUCUGAGGAAGGCCCUCGAGGAAAUUGCACCUAUAGCUACUGGCUCAGUUGCUUGAGAUGUUCAGUUAUAAGGCCUUUCACAGUCUCAUCCAAAUGAUUUCAUUUGUUUUAAUGAAUUCUAAUAGCAUUGGAAAACAAUGAAUGAAAUUUGCAUGUACACAGCUUGUCGAGAACGUAAUUUUUUUUUUUAUCGUUGUUUUUACUUGUAUGUUAAACACUGACACAUUAGAGACUUGGGUUUAAUUUAUUCAAAGCCAGAAGAAUGUCUACCACUUAUACUAGUUUUUAUAACAAGUUCUCUUCAUGCAUGCAAGAAGACAGGUAAGAAGGGUUGAACAGCAAUAACUCCUGAACUUUGCAUUACAGUUCUUAUAACGUAUCAAAAUGAAAACAAAAGGAGAAACUGGUCACAUUUUUCACUCAAGCUAGCCAAGGUCUGAGGAGGACUGAGGUUGGUUAAUAUUGUUUUCAUGACAAUUCCAAAAUAACUUUAAGCAAUAUCCCAACAGGUGGAUGCAUUCACUUACUGAAAUCCUUAAAAAAUAAAUUAAGUGCUAAACCCAUUUGGGUCAUUCACCACAAGGCAUGGUGGAGGCUUGAUCCUCCAUCGAGUGCCUCUAGAGGUCUGCUCACCCACCCACUGCGUGGGAAUUAUUGAUCUAACCUAUGCCAGUUACUCAUGCUCAUCAACCGUUUUAAGUUCACAUUGGCAUGAAGUAUCGAAAUUAAUUCUAGAGUGCUCUCUAUAUUUGAGCUUGAUUCUGGAUUUACAUGUACUUGUAAUGAGCUAAACUCUCACAGGUCAUUCAGUACAAGAGUGGUGAUGGCUCUCUUUCAUCCAUUAACUGCAAGGCAACUGCUACCUAGUGGUGCUUACCCCUGGGGUCUAGCACAGAGCAUUUCCUGUCCUGCAUGCUAACUAUUUUACUGAACCAAAGAGCAGAUGUGUUUAAACUGAGCCAUUCAUUAUGAUCUUUAUUCAUUUCUUGUUUAAUAUAUAUUUGGAAAUUUUCCUGACCCUAGUUUUUGUCCCAUUUAUGCAUUGGAUUUAUAUUCAUUGAUUUGUGUCAUUGUAAUUUCAGAAUACAUUACUGUUCUUGCAUGGUAUAUUAUGCUAUUCACAUGUGUUCCCUAGUCCAAUAGUUGAUCUAUUUUUUUAAUAAUAAAUUUAUAAGAGCAUGUAUGGAGCUACAUUCCAUGAAGUUUAUUUUUUUUUUUUUUUUUUUUUUUCAACAAGUCGGCCGUCUCCCACCGAGGCAGGGUGACCCAAAAAAGAAAGAAAAUCCCCAAAAAGAAAAUACUUU